GGCGAACGACAGCCGAAUAAAGUUAGAGUGACUACGCCUUAUUUGACGAAGUAUGAGCGGGCGAGGAUAUUGGGGACGAGGGCUUUGCAGAUUAGCAUGAAUGCCCCCAUCCUCGUCCCCCUAGACGGCGAAACCGACGCCCUCCAAAUCGCGAUCAAAGAACUCUCCCAGCGCAAAAUCCCACUCAUCAUCCGACGUUACCUCCCCGACGGCUCCUUCGAGGACUGGAGCGUCUCGGAGCUCAUCAGCGAUUGA